AUGUGGUUUUAGACGCGUCAAUGGUCGGUCGAUCGCGCGAUUUCAAGGGCAAAUUUAUUCAAACUAUAUAAACGGUUAGAUGUGUUUUUUGUACAUCUUUAUUCAAUUAUAUAACAGAUUAGUUUGACUGAUCAAUGUAAAAUUUAUUUAUAUCUGAUCUUAUGAACUUUGAAGAGAAUUGUUUUUAUGUUCAAUCUUCUAAAUGAUAAGAGCCGCCACAAUACUUGAAAUUAAUAGAUCAGUUUCAAGUGUCCAGUGCAGAAAGAAAUAAUUAAGUUUUAUUUCUUUGAUAGCAAUCAAAUAUUCACGGCAGACAAUUAUCUACAACUGCUAUAGAAAUGGCUUAACGGAGGCGCUUUUUCUGAUUGUGGGCGCACUGAGUGCCAUCUAUUUGUGGUUUCAGCGCAGUCACAGCUAUUGGCAGCGUAAGGGAAUACCCUAUAUCCAGCCCACGCCGAUUAUAGGGAAUACCUCGCCGGUGUUUACGCAAAAGAACUCGUUUGGCCUGCACAUCUCAGAGGUGUACAAUGAUCCCAAGAUGCAGGACGAGGCUGUAGUUGGCAUCUAUGUGUUAAACAAGCCAGCAUUAGUUAUACGCGAGCCCGAACUAAUCAAAUCCGUGAUGAUAAAGGACUUUCAACGUUUCUCCAAUCGCUAUGCUCGCUGUGACCCACAUGGCGAUGCUUUGGGCAACAACAAUCUCUUCUUUGUGCGCAAUCCACAGUGGAAGGAGAUAAGGUCGAAGUUGACUCCGGUUUUCACCAGCGGAAAGCUGAAGCAAAUGUAUCCUUUGAUGCAGGAGAUUGCUGACGAUUUAGAAGCGCAUCUCGCCCAGCAGAAGACUGGUCAGGACGCCAGUAACAUUGUGGAAAUCAAGGACACGUGCUCGAGAUUCAGCACAGAUUCAAUUGCCACCAUUGCUUUUGGGGUGCGUGCGAAUAGCUUGACGAAUCCUGAUGCUGAAUUUCGGAAACAAGGACGAAGAGUGUUGGAGGCUACUGUGGCCCGCAGCAUAGACUUCUUUACGGUGUUCUUUCUGCCUAAGCUCGUGUCACUCUUUCGCGUUAAGUUCUUCACGAAGGAGUACUCGAACUUUAUACGCAAGACCAUCGGCCAUGUGAUCUCGGAAAGAGAGCGAAUGGGAACUAUGAGGAAUGAUUUAAUUGAUGUUCUUGUGGGUCUGCGCAAGGAGGCAGCCCAGCAGCCCAACAAACCACAUUUGGCCAACAUUCCGGACUUUCUGGUGGCUCAGGCCGGAGUUUUCUUUACAGCUGGCUUUGAGACUUCAUCGUCCACAAUGGCCUUUGGUCUUCUGGAGCUGGCCAAGCAGCCAGAGCUGCAGGAUCGCUUACGCCGGGAGAUCAACAAUGCUUUCCUUGAGGAGGGCAGUGGCAAGUUGAGCUAUGAGAAAAUCAAUUCCUUGGAAUAUCUGUCGAUGGUUGUCGAUGAGGUGUUGCGUUUGUACCCUGUUCUUCCUUUCUUGGAUCGUGAAUAUCAGGGCAUCAAGGGUCAGCCAGAUUUCUCACUCAAACCAUACUACGAUUUCCAACUGGAGAACGGGACGCCUGUGUUUAUACCAAUUUACGGACUGCAACGUGAUCCCAAGUACUGGCCAAAUCCAAAUGUCUUUGAUCCCGAACGCUUCUCUCCUGAGAAUCGUAAGACAAUUGAGGCCAUGGCCUAUCAGCCCUUUGGUCUGGGUCCGCACAAUUGCAUUGGCAGUCGCAUUGGCCUGCUUCAGACUAAACUGGGUCUGGUCCACAUCCUUAAGAAUCAUUAUGUUCGCUGUUGUUCACAGACACCGAAGGACAUCGAAUUUGAUCCGAAGACCGUUGUGCUGCAGUUGAAUUCGGGCAUGUUUCUGGAGAUUGUUAACGAUAGACUCUACGUUAAUAUGGCAGAAUAAAUUUUAUGAUAUUUUAUGUGCCAUGGACAUUUGAUAGAUAAACUGCUAUCAAUUUGUUUGAAGAAAUAUUUGUAAUAAUCAAAGUGUUCUUAUUAAAUUAUAUUUGUUGUUAUUAAUUGCAAUCUGGCCAGUUUGAACUUUAAGCACCUGGCAUUAUGUCAUACGAAUGAACAUAAAUGUUUUCAUUUAACAACCUAAAUGCACUUAUAUUAAAAUGUAAAGUAAAAUUACUAUCUAAAAAUAUUAUAUGGCAAGCAGUUCUCCUUCAUAAGACGCAAGCUUGUUGGCCACCAAUAAAAACCGGCUUAGCUUAUCAGUAUCAAAUUUAAUUAUCUUGAGAACUUUGAA